ACAUUGCUGGCCUUCAACAUGCUACACACAGCCUUGGGGGCUCUCCGCACGGGGAUUGAUAUAGGCCAUGCAUUAAUCCGCAACAUGGGCUCCCUUUCCGCUAAAAUGGCCGAAUAUAAAAAAAUGUGGAAACCCAGUAAGCCCAAGGAUUGGAAUGUACAAUAUCAGGAAAGAUAUAUUCCCUUUUCUAGGUGUCAGCUAGUGGAAUAUUUGGCUCAGGAAUUCCACUCCUCUAGUGAGUUGGAGAAGCAGACGUUUCUUUCCUUUGUCAAGCAGUUAGAAGGGACUCUCCUCCAGCCUUACCAUGCAGUACUGGAGGAGCUUCAGACUUUGUAUGAUCCCAUCAAUCCUGACUGUGACGCUGUGCUAGAUUCCAGCAGCCUCACAGACAGAGAAAAGCUAUCCAGAGAAAAACAGGUGUUAGAGCAAAUGCAGCCAGUUCUGGAUCAGGCUAACUUUAAUGUGUUGUCUGAGGAUGCUUUGGCUUAUGCACUAAUUGUGCAUCACCCUCAGGACGGAGUGCAGGUUCAUGUGAAUCUUGAUAAAUACGAAUAUAUCCGUUACUGGGCACUUGGACAAAGACUUGGACCCCUAACCUCACAGAUGAACUCCAAGGAAUCACUUUUCUCCCGAAGUCCACGCACCCCACCAGAAAGGCGAUUCUUUAAGCGGGUUCUACUAGCAGCUCGACCUAAAAACUCCCAUAUGGUUUUAAAAUGCUUUAAAGAUAUACCUCUGGAGGGGUUAGAGCAGCUGCUUCCUGUUGUAAAGGUGCGAACGUCCAGCUUUGAUCGCACUUUAUUGAACAUUAUGCUGCUAGUAAGCGGAGGCAUUGUGUUUGUCAAUGUGGGGAUGGUGGUCGUCACAGACCUGAAGAUUGGAACUUCCUUGCUCUUCUUCUUGUUUGCUGGAUUCAUGACUUUCCGAGCUUGGAAGGUGUUUUCUCAGAGGAGAAGAGCCCAUUCACUGGAAUUAGCUCAUAUGUUGUACUACAGGAGCACAUCUAACAAUGCGGAGCUGCUGGGUGCCUUGACUCUCAGAGCACAAGAAGAACAUGCAAAAGAGGUCAUCUUAGCCCACAGCUUUCUAAAGCGGCUUAACCUAACAAGCAACGGGCAUAGCACAGAAACAGUUCUUCAGAUGAAAAAGCAGGUUGAGUCAUGGCUGCACGAAAAAUCUGGACUGGAGAUAACAUUCUCUGCAGAUCGAGCACUUGAGAACCUGAAGAAUAUGAGUAGCAAAGAAGAGAAAGAUUCUAAAGAACAGACUAUACAGAUGCACAACUGA